AUGACGUCUGAGGUGGUUUCCUCACAGCUUGUAAACGGCAGUAAUAAUUCUGGAUCUUGUAAGGAGGAGAGCCAGCACAUGUCCCUCAUCGUCCUCCUGUGCCUUGUCUUCUUCUUGGGCUUCCUCCUCAACGCCUUCAGCCUCUGGGUCUUCUGGUUCCGGAUGCCCCGCUGGACCUGUGGAACAACACUGCAGUUCCACUUGGCCCUCAGCGACGCCAUCGCGACCCCAGUCACUCCAAUGAUGGCGGUAUACUUCGUUAUGGGCAACGAAUGGCCCUUUGGACGGUUCCUGUGCCAGGUCAACAUCGCUCUGCUCAGUUCACAUUUCUACGGCAGCAUCAUAUUCCUCACUCUCAUCAGUAUUCAUCGGUACACAGCUGUGGUGCACUUCAGCAAAAGCUCAUGUAUGAAACGAAAGCCGUUUGUCAAGAAGCUGUGUGCAGGAGUUUGGUUUGUGAUGCUGAUCCAGGCUCUGGUCUAUGCUUUUGUGCUUCAUUCCAGCAAAGAAAACGGAAGCAAACAGUGUCUCUCCAUCCAUCAGAAGAACCUGACCAACACCUACUUUGUCAUUAACUUUGUCCUGUUCAUCUGUGGGUUCUUGCUCCCUUUCGGCGUGUCUGUUGUGUGCUACACCCUUCUGGCAGACUCCUUAACUCGCCUCAACAUUAGCACAGCUCAAGGUCUGAAGAUCAAGGUGAAAUCUAAGAGGAUGAUAGGCAUGUGUCUGGUGAUAUUCGGGCUGUGUUUCCUGCCUCUGAACGUGAUACGAACUGUGGGAGUGGUACUUAAGAAAAACUACCCGCUCAACUGCCACCUUCUCCUGCAGAUUGAGAAGGCGUAUUAUGCCUGCUGGAUCCUAGCAGGAGUGAACAGCUGCCUGGAUCCACUGUUGUACUGUUUUGGUUCUCAAAACUUCCGAGACAUAUUUAAGUCUCUAAGAAUUGUGCAGGGAGAUGCUCCAAACAGGAGUGAUUCAGAAAUGUUUGCGAAUCAGUAG